AGCGUGCGUUUGAAUCCGGAGAGCGUCGCGUGCCAAGCUCGAGCCUGAAACACAAGGAUGUAACCGCCACCCUGAGCCGCGUCUAUAAAAGCCCUCAGACACAUCUGUGUGCAGCACUUUCUCUGUUUACUCUCUGUCUCACAUGUAGUCUUGCUCUUCUCAAACACGACCUGGAUUUACCUGAGACUUUUUUAUAGUGAUAAUAGCGACUGGCCAAACAUCAUGAUUCCACCUGGAGACUGUCUGUAUGCUGGGAGGAAGAGGAGAAAGCCCAUUCAAAAGCAAAAAGCAUCAGGAGUGAACCAGAAGUCAAACCCGUCUAAGAGACAUCGGGACCGACUCAAUGCCGAGUUGGAUCGACUGGCCAGCCUCCUGCCCUUCACUCCAGAGGUCAUCUCCAAACUGGACAAGCUGUCAGUGCUGCGUCUCAGUGUGAGCUAUCUGCGUGUGAAGAGCUUCUUCCAAACUAUUCAGGAGAAAUCGAGCAAAAAGCUAAGUCCUGCAUCCUGCAGCCCUGAGACCAAGAAACAAAGUCUAGGCAACAGCAUUCUGGAAAGUGAUCUUCUUCUUGAGUCCUUGACAGGGUUUGCGCUGAUCGUUAGCUCAGACGGUAUCAUCUUCUACGCUUCCUCUACAAUCGUAGACUACCUGGGAUUCCAUCAGACCGACGUGAUGCACCAGAACGUCUUCGAUUAUAUCCACGUGGAUGAGCGGCAGGAGUUCAGAAGACAGCUGCAUUGGGCCAUGAAUCCUCAGCAGGAACAUCACUCUCCCUCAGGAACCGAUGAAGAUUACAUGGUGAGAAGUCUGUUUAAUGCACAAGAGCUCGACGGCGUCCCUACCGAUCUGUCUCCGUUCCUGACUCGCUGCUUCAUCGCCCGAGUACGCUGUCUGCUUGACAACAAGUCCGGCUUCCUGAGGAUGCAGUUCCAGGGCAGUCUGAAGUUUCUUCAAGGCCAGAAGAGGAAGAGUAAAUCUGGAGUUUUGAUGCCGCCUCAGCUGGCUCUGUUCUGCGUGGCCGUGCCACUCGUCCUGCCCUCCAUCACCGAGCUCAAGAUAAAAUGCAUGAUGAGCAAACAGAAAGGCUCCAACAUCAGUGAAAAAAAGCACCAAAUUUCUCGCACAUCUUGUGACGAAGGUGACAUGGCACUUAACUGGAACAGCAACUCCUGGGCGUCUCUCACCAAAGAAGGCAUCCAGUAUAAAGCCGACGGUUUCUACGCCCAGGACGAGCCCCUGAACUACUGCGUGUCCUCUAUGGCGGUCCAUAAAGUGCAGCCUACGCAAAGUUCCUGGGACUCUCGGUGUCACUCCGCCUCACACAGCGGCUACUUCGGCAGCAAACCGGGGAAGCACGUCCAGUCCGGAAAAUUCCGCUUCUCCCCAGGAUGCGCUGCUGCGAUGUCCCAGUGUAAGCAGUAUGGACUCGGAGAUAAGGACGCGUACUGCGGGUACAGGAAGUCAGAGAGCAGAUACAUGGGCAAUAAUGAUUGUUAUGGCAACACACUGCUGCCCGAGACCGCCAUAAAGACAGAGCAUGACUCUGACUCGGAGAACGGAUGCGGUAUAUACGGUGCGCCUUAUAACGGUGCCUGGCGCUACAGCGCACCCUUCCCUGACGCACCCCAGGUGAAAACAGAGGUAGACUACGACGAGCACUAUAGCAAGCCUUGCACCACCAAUAUCUCCAGCAUCAACGGACACCACAAAUAUCUCUACGCAGGAGCAGGUAGGCCACUGAAAUGUGUCCUUAAUAAAGACCAUUCAGACCCUCAGAGCCUUCAGGGUACAAACUGCCACACGUACAUGAACAGCUCUGAGUCCAAGGGCUUUAUGCAGCCCGACUACAAGCUGAGCUACGAGGUGAGGAACCACAGUCUUCUUCACCCCAUCAAAAGAGAACCCAUGGACUCUCUGCCCUGGACUGACGGCAGCCACGAUGUCAUACAAGAACAUGUGGAUAGAAAUGAGGCAAAUUGUGCACUGACCUCAGUGGUGCAUAAAACCAGUGCAUAUCUGUAUAUGCAAUAAUCUUAAGCGCCAAAUGCUACAUUCUGAAGCUCAGGUAUAUGUCUUAUUGUACACAGGUGUUCUAACGCUUGUUUUUAAGGGCUAGUCCUCUCUUAAGGCACUUUAGUAAAAAUGACAGAGUAUUUUGUAGCUCAUAUUUGUAGCCGAAUCUUUGUAGUUACCGGAUAUGGAUUUGUACAUCAUGUACAGUUUGGAACUAUAUUGUACAUUUCGUUUAUAUCGUAUCUAACAGUAGCCUGGUUUUAAAACGUACAGACCACAAAGAGAAGGAAAAAACUCCUGUUACAGGAUACUAUUUAUACCACUUCCCAUCCUUUGUUCCGAUUGGUCAGAAGAUAUUGAACAAUUUUCUAUAACCGCAGCUUCUGCGAGUCUCUUCUUUCGUUUCUAUAGCAACAACUCAAUCAGGGAGACCUAUGUGGCAGACAUUUCACAUAAUCUAAUACUAAUAAUAAAUAGAAUUUAAAAACCGUAUCUGCAUAUUUAACAAUAAAAAAAGGAUUUAAAGUUUUUCUUUAAGGAACGGUAUGAGUCUCCAGUGUCAGUACUUUGUCACAGUGAAGUCUUCAUGACUCAAAGUAGUUUGUGCUUUCUGGUAUCUCUGUAAAAUGGGAGGUUUUAUAUUUCGUUCCUUUGUUUGCAUUUUCUUUAAUAACUAACGAAAAAGACAAACCAGCAUAUGUUUAUAGCUGCUAUUAUGUAAGUGAUAACGCAAACUCAGUUGUUUCAUGGACAUUUUCUAAACAGGAAAUAGGUCAAAAGUGUGAAGUAAAAAAUUUUUUUGCCGUACUGUUAUACCAACACGAUUUGAUGACAAUGAGAUUUGCUGAAAUAGCAAGAUGAUUUGAGAAAUUUCACUUGCUGUCAACCAAAACUAAAGGAUACAUUAAUAGACUUGUGUAUUGUUUUGGUUUUCAGUGCAAAUCCACGGUGAAAUGUAUGGAUGUAAAACAGUAUUCUGCAUCGACAACAAUUGUGGCUCGUUCUGUCAUUUUAACUUAGAAGCCAUAGUCUGUUUGUGUAGGAUUUUACAUCCAAAAUUCAAUUCUGUGUUUUUUUCUAUUGGCUUUGGCUUUAAUUUAAUUUGAAGGUCCCCACCUGGGAUGUGCCACAAUCAGCUCAAAAGUGUCAUCUGUUUCUGUAUCAUCUGAUUUAAGAACACCAUUUUGUUCGAGGACGACGAUGCUCCUGGCAUCAGAUUUGCAUGUGCGUGCUAACCGGCUUGUGACAAUGUGCACUUGUUUUUGUGUGUGUGUGUAUGUGAGAGUGUGUGUGUGUGUGUGUGUGUGUGUGUGUGUGUGUGUGUGUGUGUGUGUGUGUGUGUGUGUGUGUGUGUGUGUAUGUGAAACCUUAUUCUUUGAUGAAGAAAAUUCAUUGCCUUAUGUCUGAAUAAAUGUUUUAACUGAA